UUAUAAUGAUGAUGUAAGCUUACCGAUCCGUAACUCCUCAAAAUUCCUUACUUUCACUAUUCUUGAAUUUCCCGUUGUUGACAAGCGGCUUAACUAUGACGUCAUCAGGCUUACAGGAACAGCUAACAGCGGUCACGCUGAAAUAGGUUACGUUGCUUUCUUACUUUUCUGGUCAGUUGUUUAUGCAUAGAACCCAAAAAAUGUUUUCCAACAGGGCUAAGUUUAACCACUUUCUGCAAACUUUGAGUGUUACACUACUUCAUGUGGUGCAGUUCUCUGGAGCCACACACAUCCCGAGCAUCAUCAUUCUGUAUCAAUUGUUCUUUUAUACACCUUUGUGGCCGUUUGUGCUUCUUUAUUUGUCAUGGACGUAUCUCGCCGAGUGGAAAACCCCUGAACGUGGUGGAAGAGAUCUUCUGAGGAAUUUCAUGAGACGGCUCCCUAUUUUCAAGUUCAUGAGGGAUUACUAUCCUAUCACACUCGUUAAAACUAGAGACCUCGAUCCACAGAAGAACUAUAUUUUUGGAUAUCAUCCUCAUGGAGUUUUUACCGAAGGAGCAUCGAUAGGAUUGAAUACAGAAGCAUGUGGAUUUAGUGAAAAAUUCCCUGGAAUCAUUCCGCAUUUGUCCGUGACCUCAGUUAUACUAAAACCCCUGUUAUACCGGGAUUUUGACAUGAACUGUAAUCAAAUGGAGAUAUCUAUCAUUUUCAGGUGCGAUCUUGUCCCUGUGUUUGGCUUUGGACAGAAUAAUCUUUAUCUUAAUAUAAUUGGCGGCAGUAGUUGCUCCCAAUAUUCACGGCCUCAACUUUGGUUCAGAAAUUUCACCUCUUACCUCAGAACUUGUUUUCUUCCGACACGAUCUCCAAUCAACGUCGUAGUGGGAUCGCCUAUUUCUGUUUCCAAGAUUGAUAAACCAAGGAAGGAAGAUAUAGACAAACUUCACACACGGUACAUAGACGAACUAAAAGAAUUGUACGAGAACUAUAAGGACAAAUAUCACCCAUCAGAGAGAUCUGAGUUGUUGAUCAUCUAGUUACUAAAAGGGAAAUUGUUUGAAUUUUUUUUUUUAGUCUCAAUAAAAUGUCACUAAUAUA